AUGCCAAAAAUUAAGAUUUCUGAUUUUGAGAUCAUUAAACCAAUUUCAAGAGGUGCUUAUGGUAGGGUUUACUUGGCAAGAAAGAAGUCAACUAAAGACAUUUAUGCUAUUAAGGUAAUCAAGAAACAAUAUCUCUAUAAUCACAAGAACGUUGGUAAAACUCUCACAAAUGAGCCAGAUCUAUUGGCUGAAAGAACUAUCAUGAAAGUACUAAUGGAAAAUAAUGAGCAAUCUCCAUUUAUUGUUAAUUUUUACUACUCCUUUGCUGGUAAAAGAUAUCUCUAUAUUGUUAUGGAAUAUUGUCCAGGUGGUAGUUUAGAUUGUUUGUUAGCAGAAAAGUUAGAAAAUGGAGAAGCAUUUGAUAUAGAUGUAGUUAGACAUAUUGCCGCCGAAAGUAUUUUAGCUUUAUCUGAUUUACAUCACAAUAAGAUUGUACACAGAGAUUUGAAACCAGAUAACAUGCUUAUUGAUAAGUGUGGUCACUUGAAAUUAACAGACUUUGGUUUGAGUGAAAUUGAUGAAAUAGAAGAAUCUGAAAUUCAAGUUAGAGGUACUCCUGACUAUUUGGCUCCUGAACUUUUAUUGGGUAUGCCACAUACAGAAGCUGUCGAUUAUUGGAGUUUGGGAUGUAUUGUAUUUGAGCUAUUGUUUGGUUGUCCACCAUUUAAUGAUGAUACUCCUGAAUAUAUUUUUGAUAAUAUUCUAUCAAGAAGAAUUAAUUGGGUUGAUGAAAGACUCUUACCUCCAGAGAUUGUAGCUAGUGGAGUGUUGAAUUUUGUAGAUAGACUCUUAGAUCCAAAUCCAGAAACUCGUCUAAAUGAAGUAACAGCAAAGGAACACCCAUUUAUGAGUGGAGUGGAUUGGGAUAAAGUAUUGAAAGAACCUGUA